AUGAGGCUUCUCGUGCUUUCCAGCCUUCUCUGCAUCCUACUUCUCUGCUUUUCCGUCUUCUCUGUGGAAGGGCGGAAGUCUCCCAAGCCCUUGAGGGUCAGGCCCUGCUGCCGCAGAGUGUCUAACCACAACUUGAGAGGACUUCGCGUCAGGGUCUGCAGGACCUGCAAGGUCAAGCCCGGGACCAGCUCUUGGGUGGUGCCUGGGGCGCUCCCACAGGUGUAG